GAGACAGAGGAAAAGAGAGACAGAGAACGAAAGAGAAAGGAGAGAGAGGGAGAGAGAAGAGGGGAAGGCGAAGAGAGAAAAAAGAAAAAGGAAAAAAGGUCUGCUCUGGGAUUAUUAUUAUUACUUGGGUUAAUACUCUUAUCUUUGCAUUCCAGCCGGAAGGUCGCCUCCAAGGCUUCUUUCCUGCCCUUCUCCUUCUCGAAUUGGAUGCCAUCCCUGUUGCCGCCUCCGGAGUUAGGAAAGGGACAGAACUUUCCCAGGGAGGUGAGGGGUGUCCCCGCGGCGAUUUCCCGAUCACUUCCUCCCAGCAGAGAGCCCUGUGGCGAGGAAACGUUCCCGACUUCCCUCCCCCGCGACCUCCUCCCCAGAAGCGAGCGGAGACGUCAGGUUGCUUCUGGGUUUAUUUUGUAAACCCAGACAGUCAACUGCACUUGGCGCAGGCAAAGCCUCCUUGGCCCUCGCCCCAAAGCAAAGCUCUAAGAGGUCCGGGGACUCCUUGGCCUGGGUGGGAAGAGAGACGUGACCUGUGCGGCCGCCGCGAAGUGGGUCUCCAAGGGUGAGACCCCUCCCUCGGUGGCUGGGUGUGUUCCCUUUAGCCUUCCUGGACCCCAUUACCGCCCGGCUUGGAGCUGGACGAAGGGACGUAAUUGGUAGGCGAGUGGGUUGGGCAUCUUGACCCUACGACGAGAGUCUGGACCUGUGGUGAGGGCCCUUGCCCCCUCCCCGCUCUGCGCGGCCGUUCUAGAGGCCCGGGUGGGAGCGGGAGGAGGAAAGCGGGAGGAGGUGGCGAGGCCGCGGGGCGGUAUGAGGGGGCGCCGGCCGCCUCUCGGAUUGGCUGCGCCGCCGCCCCCUCCGCAUCGCGCGCCCCCCACCACGCGCCCAGCCUGCUCCCUCCCUCAGGCUCCGAGCUGCUGCCCGCAGGAGGCAGGACGCGCAGGGGUGGGACCGGCCCCCCAGCCCCUCUCCCGACCCCGUGCGCGCGGGAACCCCGGGUCCUGCAGCCUCCCGAGUGCAGAGAGGCGGGGCCGCCCGCUGCCGCCCGGCUGCCGGCGCCCCCUCCCGCGGCCCCGGCUCCGGGAGCGGGGCGCCCCGCGCGCGGGCACACGGCGGCCAGAGCGCCGAGGCGGUACCUUCAGCCUGCGAUGAGAGAAGCCCGAGGGAGCCCCCGGGAGCCAGCGAAGAGCUUGGCUGCUGCGUCCAGGGCUGCUGCUGCCGCCGCGGCUGCUUGAAACUCCUCAAAAUUGAGAGCCGGCGAGAGGCUGCCGCCCGCCGGGAGCCGCAGGGAAAGGAAGUCGGAAGGUGCAAGAGUGACAGACACGGACGGACAGACGGACGCGCAGACCUUCGGAAGGCACUGCGUAGGCAGCCUCCCCGGAGCCCGCGAGGCUCCCCAGCACCGACUAACCCAGGAAAGAGGAAAAAAUACAUUUAACAGUGAAGAGGCAGCUCCCUAUUGUGAAAACCCAUUUCAAAAGUUAUUGGAAAGAAAGUAAGGUUCACGGGUGGGAGGCUGAGCCUGUGGAAAAGACACGGGGAAGAGACUCAGAGGCGACCAUAAUGUCGUUACGUGUACACACUGUGCCCACCCUGCUUGGAGCCGUCGUCAGACCGGGCUGCAGGGAGCUGCUGUGUUUGCUGAUGAUCACAGUGACUGUGGGCCCUGGUGCCUCUGGGGUGUGCCCCACUGCUUGCAUCUGUGCCACUGACAUCGUCAGCUGCACCAACAAAAACCUGUCCAAGGUGCCUGGGAACCUUUUCAGACUGAUUAAGAGACUGGACCUGAGUUAUAACAGAAUUGGGCUUCUGGAUUCUGAGUGGAUUCCAGUAUCGUUUGCAAAGCUGAACACCCUAAUUCUUCGUCAUAACAACAUCACCAGCAUUUCCACGGGCAGUUUUUCCACAACUCCGAAUUUGAAGUGUCUUGACUUAUCAUCCAAUAAGCUGAAGACGGUGAAAAAUGCUGUAUUCCAAGAGUUGAAGGUUCUGGAAGUGCUUCUGCUUUACAACAAUCACAUAUCCUAUCUCGAUCCUUCAGCGUUUGGAGGGCUCUCCCAGUUGCAGAAACUCUACUUAAGUGGAAAUUUUCUCACACAGUUUCCGAUGGAUUUGUAUGUUGGAAGGUUCAAGCUUGCAGAACUGAUGUUUUUAGAUGUUUCUUAUAACCGAAUUCCUUCCAUGCCAAUGCACCAUAUAAAUUUAGUGCCAGGAAAACAGCUGAGAGGCAUCUACCUUCAUGGAAACCCAUUUGUCUGUGACUGUUCCCUGUAUUCGUUGCUGGUCUUUUGGUAUCGUAGGCACUUUAGCUCAGUGAUGGAUUUUAAGAACGAUUACACCUGUCGCCUGUGGUCUGACUCCAGGCACUGGCGUCAGGUACUUCUGCUCCAGGAUAGCUUUAUGAAUUGCUCUGACAGCGUCAUCAAUGGUUCCUUUCGUGCGCUUGGCUUUAUUCAUGAGGCUCAGGUCGGGGAAAGACUGAUGGUCCAUUGUGACAGCAAGACAGGUAAUGCAAAUACCGAUUUCAUCUGGGUGGGUCCAGAUAACAGGCUGCUAGAGCCGGAUAAAGAGAUGGAAAACUUUCACAUGUUUCACAAUGGAAGUCUGGUUAUAGAAAGCCCUCGUUUUGAGGAUGCUGGAGUGUAUUCUUGUAUCGCAAUGAAUAAGCAACGCCUGUUAAAUGAAACUGUGGACGUCACAAUAAAUGUGAGCAAUUUCACUGUAAGCAGAUCCCAUGCCCAUGAGGCAUUUAACACAGCUUUUACCACUCUUGCUGCUUGCGUGGCCAGUAUCGUUUUGGUACUUUUGUACCUCUAUCUGACUCCAUGUCCCUGCAAGUGUAAAACCAAGAGACAGAAAAAUAUACUACACCAAAGCAAUGCCCAUUCAUCGAUUCUCAGUCCUGGCCCCGCUAGUGAUGCCUCCACUGAUGAACGGAAGGCAGGUGCAGGUAAAAGAGUGGUGUUUUUGGAACCCCUGAAGGAUACUGCAGCAGGGCAGAACGGGAAAGUCAGGCUCUUUCCCAGCGAGGCAGUGAUAGCUGAGGGCAUCCUAAGGUCCACGAGGGGGAAAUCUGACUCAGAUUCAGUCAAUUCGGUGUUUUCUGACACACCUUUUGUGGCAUCCACUUAAUUUGUGCUAUAUUCGUAUGAUGUCAUAAUUUAAUCUCUUCAUAUUUAACUUUGUGUGUGGUCUGCAAAAUAAAUAGCAGGACAGAAAUUGUGUUGUUUUGUUCUUUGAAAUACAACCAAAUGGUCUCUUAAAAUGAUUGGUAGGAAAUGAGGUAAAGCACUUUAGUUCCUGAAUGUACCAGAGAAAGAUGGGGUUGUUUUCCAAAGUUUAAGUGCUAGAUAACAAUAUCUUAGCUUUUAGCACUAUUGAUAAUUUCAGAGCAGGCCCAGAGGUGAUAUGACUCCCAUUGUCCCUUUAUUUAGGAUGUUGAAAGAAAAAAUAAACUUUAUGUAUUAGUGUCCUUUAAAAAUAGACUUUGCUAACUUACUAGUACCAAAGUUGAGUUAUUUUAAAGAAAAACACUAGUGUCCAAUUUCAUUUUUAAAAGAUGUAGAAAGAAGAAUCAAGCAUCAAUUAAUUAUAAAGCCUAAAGCAAAGUUAGAUUUGGGGAUUAUUCAGCCAAAAUUACCAUUUCAGACCAGAAUGAAUAGACUACACUGAUAAAAUGUACUGGAUAAUGCCACAUCCUAUAUGGUGUUAUAGAAAUAGUGCAAGGAAAAUACAUUUGUUCCCUGUCUUUUCAUUUUGUAUAUUCUUCCCAUUCUGUAUUCUUGUACAAAAGAUCUCAUUGAAAAUUUAAAGUCAUCAUAAUUUGUUGCCAUAAAUACGUAAGUGUCAAUACCAAAAUGUCUGAGUAACUUCUUAAAUCCUUGUUCUAGCAAACUAAUAUUGGUUCAUGUGCUUGUGUGUAUGUAAAUCUUAAAUUAUGUGAACUAUUAAAUAGACCCUACUGUACUGUGCUUUGGACAUUUGAAUUAAUGUAAAUAUAUGUAAUCUGUGACUUGAUGUUUUGUUUUAUUUGGCUAUUUAAAAACAUAAAUCUAAAAUGUUUUA